AUGGCCAAACCAGGCAACCUGGCCAUUGACGGGGCCGACCCGCGCGUCUACGACCAGGUGGACAAGGAGCUGAACAUAAAGGGGCCCGACGACAACGAAAUCGGUGCCAUCACCAACGAGCAGACGUCGGUCGCCACGGCCGCGGCCGCGUCGGCGCACAGGCGCAGGGACCACCAGCUACACGAUCCCACCAUUACCUUUGAGCAGUACCACUACUAUGCAAAGCAGACGCGUGCCGAGGAGGAGGCCCAGCCGCGCUCGGGCUACGAGACGACCAUCUGGUCGCUCUUCUUCCCCAGCAAGUCGGACGGCGGCGUCAAGCAGCGGCCCCCCGGCGAGAAGAGCGAGGGCGUCGUGGCCGAGCCGGGCCACGGGCGCAUGGUCGUCAGCGACGAGGAGUGGAUCAAUGCGUCGCGCGCCCUGCGCACGGCCACGCGCGGCGCCAUCUUCUACCUGAUCACGACGGACAUUCUCGGCCCCUUUGGCCUGCCGUAUGCCUUUGCGACCAUGGGCUGGGGCCCCGGCAUCACCCUCUUCACCAUCUUUGCCGCCCUCGCCGGCUACUCGGGCUUCCUGCUGUGGGAGUCCUUCAUGGGCCUCGACUCGUACGAGUACCCCGUGCGCAACUUUGGCGACAUGGGCUACCGCCUCUACGGCCGCUGGCUCCGCCACCUCUUCAACGUCCUGCAGUCCAUCCAGCUGCUGCUCAACGUCGGCCUGAUUGUCAUCUCCAACGGCGAGGCCCUGUCGCAGGUCGCCAAGUUCCGCCUCUGCUUCAUCGUGUGCUGCCUGAUCUGGGCCAUUGUCGGCUUCAUCGUCGGCCAGAUCCGCACCCUGCAAAAGUUCGGCUGGCUCGCCAACGCUGCCGUCUGGAUCAACCUCAUCUGCAUGUUCAUUACCAUGGGCGGUGCCGCCCACUCGCCCCCCAACUACGCCGGCGCCUCCUCGUCGGCCGGUGCCUCGAUUGCCGGCGGCGUGUCUGUCACGCCUGAUGCGAACGGUGUCUUCCCGCCCGUCCAGACCAACGGCGGUCUCCCCGACACGGGCAGCUUUGUCGGCUCCGUCUCCGGCGCCAUGCAGGCCAUCUUCGCGUACGGCGGCUCCAUGGUCUUCCCCGAGUUCAUGGCCGAGAUGAAGCGCCCCAAGGAUUUCCUGACCGCCAUGUGGGCCGCCCAGGCCUUCAUCUACUUCUGGUACAUGUUCUACGGUCUCUUCCUCUACGGCUACCAGGGCCAGUACACCGUCAACCCCAGCUACCUCGGCAUCAGCAACUACAACAUCCAGACCGCCGGCAACGUCUUCGCCAUGCUGAGCGCCGUCAUUGCCGCCUGUCUGUACGGCAACAUCGGCCUCAAGGUCAUGUACAACAACGUCUUUGUCGAGCUCCUCCACGCCCCGCCGCUGACCUCCCGCGCCGGCAAGUGGCUGUGGGUCGCCAUCAUCCCCGUGUACUGGUCGAUUGCCUUUGCCCUGGCCGCCGGCAUCCCCAACUUCUCCGGCCUCACCAGUGUCGUGACCGCCUUCUGCAUCCUCCACUUCACCUACACCUUCCCCCCGCUGCUGUCCGUUGCCUUCCUCGUCAAGAAGAUGGCCAUGCGCGAGGGCGACGGCUACGACCCGGCCACCGGCCAGGUCACCCGCUCCGGCACGGGCUGGGAACGCUUCAAGCGCGGCUUCUUCUCGCCCAGCCGCUGGUGGAUGAACUCGCUGAACAUCAUAUACAUUUUGGGCGCCCUUGCACUGGGCGGUCUCGGCGCCUACGCGUCCAUUGUCACACUCCGGGAUGCCUUUGCCAAGAACGUCACCACGUCGUACGUGUGCAAGAGCCCGCUCGAUGGUUAA